CUCUUUAUUCCUCCCACUAAAAUUAGAACAAAUCCGGGCGCAUUUAUUCCCCCCCUUAUCUUCAAUCCUCUUGCACUUAUCCCCCCUCGAUCGGAAUAACUUUAUUCCGCCCUUUCUCCUUCUCCUUCUCCAACGGCACCCCCUCCGCUCCCCCCCGGCUCCCUCCAUGGGCGCUCCUCCUCCCCUCCCCCUUCUUCCCUAACCUACCCCCCCCAUCCAAGCGCUCCCGCCUCUCCCCACUCCUCCAAAUCCCUCACCCUCUACUGCCGCUAAACUCCACCCGGAUCACCGCCUAGGGCUAGGGCUAGGGCUAGGGCUAGGGCUAGGGUUAGGGUUAGGGUUUCGGGGAUGGGGGCGGGGGCGUCGAGCAUGCUGGGGACGGAAGGGGACGAGGGCGGGGGGGCCCGCCGGACGGUGAUGGCGGACCUGCCGGAGAGCUGCGUGGCGGAGGUGCUGCUCCACCUCGACCCGCCGGAGAUCUGCCGGAUGGCGCGCCUCAGCCGCACCUUCCGCGGGGCGGCGUCGGCCGACGCCAUCUGGGCCGCUAAGCUGCCGAGGAACUACGGAUACUUGAUGGCGGUGGCCCUCGGCGGCGACGAUUGCCCUGCAAAGUGGGUGCUCACCAAGAAGGAGACGUACGCUUGGCUUUGCCGCCGCAACCCCUUCGACGGGGGCACCAAGGAAUUUUGGCUGGAAAAGAAGAGGGGAGGUAUUUGCCUGUCGAUUUCGUCGAAGGCGCUGUCGAUUACGGGAAUCGAUGAUCGGAGAUACUGGAAUUACAUCCCAACUGAAGAAUCAAGAUUUCACACAGUUGCUUAUCUCCAUCAAAUAUGGUGGCUCGAAGUGAGGGGAGAGAUUGACUUCGGCUUCCCAGAAGGCACUUAUAGCUUAUUCUUCCGGCUUCAUCUGGGCCGGGCCUACAAGCGGCUCGGUAGACGAGUUUGUAGCCCCGAGCACAUCCACGGGUGGGAUAUAAAGCCUGUGUGGUUUCAUUUAUCAACUUCCGAUGGCCAGCAAGCCCAGUCCAAGUGUUAUUUAGAGGAACCCGGCAUGUGGGUAUAUUACCAUGUGGGAGAUUUUGCUGUAAGAGAUUCUUUUGCUCCGAUAAACGUCAAGUUCUCAAUGACUCAGAUCGAUUGCACACAUACUAAAGGAGGUCUCUGCAUCGACUCUGUUUUAAUACAGCCCAGGGGUAUUAAACAGCAAAAGAUACCUCCUGCUUAUCUGCAGUGUCAGCAAACAAAUGGAAGUUAUUAUUAGGUGCAUACCAGCAUUUUGUAAGUGCUGUUUCAUUUUACAUAGUGAAAGGGGUGAUGAUGUUGAGGACUUUUUGGUUUUUGUUUGUUUGUUUUUUUUUACUUUUCCUCACAGAAUCUUUGUGGUUUUGUAUGCUAGGAGUAUUUAUGAUGAAACAAAUUUAUGUAUCUAUGUGCAAUUUGUUGAGAAUGUAAUGUUGAUUUUAGACAUGGAAAUGCAUAGAAAUAUUUUGUUGGUGUGCC